GUGGAAAGAGUUCAGGCUAGUAAGGCAGAUAUUUUCCUCUCAUUGUCCUGUCCUGGAAAAUUUGAGGCUUUUUUUCUGCAAAAAAAAAGGCUUUACUGGAGCUGUUUAUUGAAGUUUUUGUGAAAUCAUUUUAGAGCCCAAUGGAGCCGUGAGUCUGAGUGGUUUGGGGAGAGUCUAUGGAUAUCCUCUGGGGAAAGAAAGCCAAGCACCUCGCCCUGCAUGUAAUAUCAGGACAAACCGCCUGCGAUGGUAGAAGAUGUCAGCCAGGAAGUCAUGCCAGGGAGCCCAGAGAACAUCCCCCUGGGGGAGUGCACGCUGUCCCAGUCCAGGGACCAGCUCACGCCCCCGAGCCGCACGGAGAGCACUGUGUUCAGCCUGUCCCGCACUGAGUCUGUUUGGACUACGGAGAAUUCCCCCAAGAAGUCUGAAGUCUUUUGGUUCCCCAUCCACCUCAUGUCUACCGGGGGCAGCUUCCUGGCAUGUGGCAUCAUCAUCAGCGGCCUUUACUUCGCUGGCCACUGCCGGAAAGUCACCAACAUCCUGGGACCAGCCCUGCUGUCCAUUGGAUUGAUGGUUUUUGUGGUGGGCGUGGUCCUGAUUCCUAUUACCAAAGAGAACAGGAAGCGGUCGAAAAUGAAGAAGCCCCUGAGUUAUUACAGGCCUCCGGUGUUUAACCUGUGAUGGCUCGGGCGGUGAUGUUUUUCAGCACAACUUUAUGUUUGGACAUAAUUUCAGGAGAAACUUGAAGAGCACUCUGAACUGAGGUUCAUAUUUUCAGCUCUGUGGAAAAUGAUUAUUAGAAGACUGUUUGACAACAAUUAUGUUUAUCUCUCUGUGGAUUGACGACACUAUCGCAGUCUCAAGUGUGCAUGAUGUCAUUUCAUUAAUAACCGCGGCUGUCGAAAACAGGAUGAGCGCGCAUGGACAGGAAUGUGCUGCAGAAAAUGCAAUUAUUUACACCUGCACAAACAAUUUAGCAAGAAGA